AAAGACGAACCAAAACAACUGCUCCUUAUUCUAACAAGAAAAAGUUAGCAGAGAAGGUUUCAGACUACAUACCCCUCUUAAGAGAGAGAGAGAGAGAGGGGUGAUGAUUGCAUAGUUUGAACAAGCAGGGAGUUUGGCUACAGGUCGCUUCUUUCGGUUGAAAAUCAAAAACCCCAUUUUCAGAUUUUGGAUCUGCAGCAUACGAAGGCAGUGUAAAAUUAUUGCGUCUCAACUCUUAACCUCUUUAUGAUCUGAAGGCCAGGAUGCAGUUUAUUGAUUCAUUGACUGCCAGGAAUGACAGUGUAGUCUUCCGAAUCUAUUAUCAUUGGUUAUUAUUGUGGUAACAAGUGUAAAGGUUUCGACUAAUACUUGAAGUGCUACAUUUAUGCUAAAAUGAUCUUCAGUAAACUUGCGGAGUUUGUUUCAUCCGCAACAACUCGUUUGACAGCGUCAAAGACAUCUGCUCUUCAAUAUACACCUGGAUUGCCUCCUAUUUCUGGUUCUCUUCAUGGUUAUACUUUUUCCAGCCCAAAGAAGAAUGUUAAUCUGAGAUUCUCUUCAUCCCUUCAAGAUUUGUCUACUUAUAACCAGCUUGAUCCAGAAGAUGAUAUUAGCUCUGGAUCAGAGAGAAGUUCCGGUCCUGCGUUGCCACAAAGUUUCUACCAGCAAGAAAAUGGCGCGUCAAGUUUUUCCAAGGAGAAGAUAUCGUUAGGUCCAUCUGGAAGGAAAAAGUGGGGGAGAGUUAUAUGUGCUUUCCUUUGUUUAUUGUUGUUUACUUGUCUUUGUGUUGCCUUGUUAUUUCUCUACUCAAACUGGUCUGGUGGACGUUCCAAGUACUAUGUUGUGCUUGACUGCGGUAGCACUGGGACCCGUGUGUAUGUAUAUGAGGCAUCAGUUAAUCACAAAAAAGAUGACAAUCUUCCUAUAUUAUUAAGAUCGUUGCCUGAAAGUUUCAAGAGAAAAUCUGGAUCCCAGUCUGGGCGGGCGUACAACAGAAUGGAGACGGAGCCUGGAUUUGACAAAUUAGUACAUAAUGUUUCUGGGUUGAAGAAAGCAAUAAAGCCACUUAUCAGAUGGGCUGAGAAACAAAUUCCUGAAAAAUCACAUAAGACUACUUCUCUCUUUCUGUAUGCUACAGCUGGAGUUCGAAGGCUACCAAAUUCAGAUUCUGAUUGGCUUCUUAAUAGUUCUUGGUCGAUUCUUAAGAGUUCCCCGUUCUUGUGCAAAAAGGAGUGGGUAAAGACUAUCACUGGCAUGGAGGAAGCUUAUUAUGGAUGGAUAGCUUUAAACUAUCAUACAGAGGUGUUAGGGUCCAUUCCGAAAAAGGAAACAUAUGGUGCGCUCGACUUGGGUGGCUCGUCACUGCAGGUUACAUUUGAAGGUUACCCUGGUAACCAUGAGGAAACAAGCUUAAAGCUGAGUAUUGGCCCUGUUAACCAUCAUCUAAGUGCAUAUUCCUUAACCGGAUAUGGACUCAAUGAUGCUUUUGACAAAUCUGUAGCUCGUCUUUUAAAAACGCUUCCUCAAAUUAGCAACGCAGAUCUGGUUAAAGGAAAAAUUGAGAUCAGACAUCCUUGUUUGCAGUCUGGUUACAAAGAGCGAUAUCUAUGUUCACUGUGUGCAUCUGCUAGGCUAAAAGAUGGAAUUCCUCCUGUUGAAAGGAAAGAAUUAGGUAAAGCGGCAAAGCGCGGAGUCCCAGUUCAGCUUGUUGGUGACCCGAAGUGGGAGGAAUGUAGUGCUCUGGCCAAAGCUGCUGUCAAUUUGUCUGAAUGGUCAGAUCAUACUCCAGGAAUCGAUUGUGAUUUGCAGCCUUGUGCGCUCGCAGAAAAAUUUCCUCGUCCUGUCGGCCAGUUUUAUGCAAUGUCUGGCUUCUAUGUGGUGUACCGUUUCUUCAACUUGACUCCUGAUGCGACACUGGAUGAUGUGUUAGAGAAGGGUCGUGAGUUUUGUGACAAAACUUGGAAUGUUGCAAGAGAAAGUGUUGUUCCUCAGCCUUUUAUAGAACAAUACUGCUUCAGGGCACCAUAUAUCGUUCUCCUCUUGAGAGAAGGAUUGCACAUUACCGAUAAGCAGGUAAUGGUUGGCUCUGGAAGCAUCACUUGGACCCUAGGAGUUGCUUUAUUCGAAGCAGGAAAGGCAUUUCCGAAUGUGGGAAAGCUUUACAGCUACCAGACAUUGAGGGUCAAGAUAGAUCCAUUUGUACUUUUUGCCUUCUUGUUUGCUUCAUUCUUCGUCUUGCUAUGUGCAUUGUCAUGCAUUGGCCAUUGGCGAAUUCCUAAUUUUUUCAGGAGGUCAUAUCUCCCUCUUUUCAACCAUAACAGUGGAUCAUCAGCGUCAGUGCUCAAUAUUCCAGCUCCUUUCCGGUUCCAGCGCUGGAGUCCAAUGAAUACAGGUAAACUCAUCGUGUCUGAUAAAAUUGUUAAAGGAUGUACUGGAGUCUUUACUUUCUUAAGUUAUUAUCGAUGUAUGACCUAUAAAUAUAUCAUCUUGCCUUGUGAUAAUUGUGGUUUAGGGGAUGGAAGGGUUAAGAUGCCGCUGAGUCCUACAGUUGCAAGUACUCAGCAAAGACCAUUUGGUGACGGACUUGGUUUUGGUGGCGGGGGCAUCCAGUUAACUGAUUCGUCGUUAUACUCUUCAUCUAGCAGUGUAGCGCAUAGUUAUUCUUCGGGCAGCUUAGGAAACAUGCAGUUUGACUACAACUUCUGGACACCAAACAGAAGUCAAAUGCGCCUUCAGAGUCGGAGAUCACAGUCACGAGAAGACCUCAAUAAUUCAAUUGCCGAUGCACACUUGGCAAAGGUCUAAGGGAUGUUGCUACAAAUAAAUUAUUUAGAGGAUCAGUAGAUCAAGGAAGUGAUUCACUACCGAUUAGGUAUGUAUAGUCUCGACUUCUGCUUCUUCCGGGGCAUCUUAAGUGCUACCUUAACAUAGGAUAUGACAACUGGCUCCGAUGCAAUGGUGAUGGAUGAGAAAUCCGCGACCAUCUCAGCCACAGACGAAAGCUCUGUUGUUGUCAGGAUACAAGAUCUUGUUGAAAACCUGAAGAGCUCUCUCAGGCGCAGGUACGGAUGAAUCGUUAUGUACAGUUGAGACGUGACUCUGCUACCAGAUUUGGGUUUUCCUCCAAACGUACCUUCACUGAAGAAUUUUGGAAGCUCACUCUUUAGGAGGUUAAACGUUUAACUUGUGAAUUGUGAUACAUAAAUCUGUGUUUUAUUUGUAUAAAGAUUUAAGAUUGAUUGAUUUGGAUAGAGAGGCAUUGGUUAGUUGAGUAUUUGAUGAUAGAGUUGAGGUAGUUUGAUAGCGCAGAGGGAGGGUCUUGUAACAUUAACAUCAUGAUAUGAAUGAGCAAAUGACAUGACAUGACAUGGUUGUUUCU